AUGGAUGCCGAUGUCGAUGGUAUCGAUGUCGAUGAUGACGAUAACGACAAUGCUGGUAUAUUCAGCAUCGCCAAUGACUGCCAAAGUGAGGACGAUGACACCCUGACUGGUGAAGACAACGUUCUUUCAGCAGUGCACACGAAGCGCACUUCUGUUGACAAGGAUAAAUCAGCAGAGGAGUUUCUGCUGACUCGCGAAGAGGUUGUCCGCUUCGUUCAAGACUCUACUGCAGAUGCACUAGACAGACAGAAAAGAAACGCAGACAAACUUGGAACAGCAAAUGUUCUUUCAUUUGAUGAAGGAGACCUAGUUUUACUGUCUACACUAAAUCUACCAAAACACGCAGUGACAAACGUGGGCAGCAGUAAAUUACUGCCCAUGUACAUUGGUCCAUUUCGUGUGUUGCGCCAAACAGGCAACGCAUGCACAAUUCAACCGCCCCGUAAGAUGCGUACGCAUCCUACGGUUUACGUUGGUCGUCUCCGCCCGUACUAUCAGUACGAGCCCGUUUUGAGAUGCAAAGAACACCUCCGCGGUCGAGAUGCGAGACCGCCCUCGAGUGGUCCCGUUUCAACGACUCGGUCUGGUCGACUAGCGAAGCAACCCGUUUACGCAGUUCAGCGAUGUCUCAAUGAGCUACAGCCAGCUUGUCACGAAGUAAACGAGUCGAACGUUCGUUCUCAAUUUGAGCAAACGCAAACGCGACACGAUCGUUCGAACGAUCGUUUGCUAAGGAAUUGUUAUUAUCCCUUACAAGAUCAUGGAGAUCAUAACGCCGAGUCCGUUCAUGAGCCAGGUCAUCUUGCAACUGUUCCGUUACACGGUUCAUCUAUUGAACAUCAAGCUGGUCCGACCCUCGGGCCGGAUCAGGUGUUCUCGCCGCCACCACAUCCAUUGGAGUACUCAAGCGGUGGUCAACGCUUUCUAGUAAAGCGUAUUUGGAACCACCGCGACGUGAAUGGUGCCCGGACGAGCUACCUCGUCCGCUGGCGUGGCUAUCCACCGGCGUGGGACAGCUGGGAGCCCCGUGCCCAGCUGAUUGUUGAUGUCCUGGGUCUGGUCGAGCAAUAUGACGAGACCCACCCGCUGUGUUAG